CUGAUCGUGACAUGACGCUCUCCGACACGACCAACCUCUCUGUCCACUCGCACAAGCCCACCAUGGACGAGCGUAAGAGAUCCAUCCAGCCCGACUCGGACGACAUCUAUCCCAGCAAGCGCCACCAGCCCACUCAGAAUGCGCCCCAGAUGAGGAUGGACUCUGAGAAGGAGAAGGAUGUCGAGAUGAAGGAGUACAAGCGCGAGAAGGCCCUUUACGAAUCCCAAGUCCAAGACCUGUCCAAGCGCUCUCAGCACCACGACGACCACUUGCGCAUUGUCGACUCAUGGUUCACCCAGUUACUCGACGAGAUUAGAAUUCUGGUCGGCGACCUCGUCUCAGAUCAGGAACCUGAGGCUGGUGAAUUGUUCCGCUCAUCUCUGCUCUUCGACGACCACUCUCAAUUCGAGUCCCACCUCAAGAACCGCUCUUCCAAAAUAAAGGCUGCCAUCAAGGAUGUCUUUGGCAGGCUACCUGCUGCCGAGCCAGAAGUCAGGAGUUUGCAAGAAAGACUAGCCGCUCUUUUGGCUGCCGAGAAGGCCCAUCUCAUCGAGAGACAGAGAAUUGUUGGUGAGCGUGACCAGUUGUCAGAACGCUUGGAACAAGCAUCAUACCGUUACCUUCUUGCCGAAAAGAAACUCGAUCGCGCAAAGAGUGCCCAAGUACAAAAGCUCGAGCGUCAAGCAACCAUGGGCGGAGCCUCCGAGUCCAGCUCUUCAUCAGAAAAGAAAUCAACCAAGAACGAUGCUGUCGAGACCAACGGUGAUGUUGACAGUGCCGUUCAUGCAGCUGCAGAGACCGCGCGUAGGGAGGCUCUCGCUGCGUCAGAGAAAACGCAAGCUCCAAACCGAACAGCUCGAGGCCGAAAACAAACAGCUGACCGAANNGAAUUAACCUCCGCCAAGGUCCGGCUCACAUCACUAUCUGACGAGGAUUAUGCCAAAACGGACCUCUACAAACUGCUAAAAUCGCAACAUGAAGACGUAAUCAAACGUGUCAACGACCUCGAAGCUACUAAUCUGCAAUUACGCGAAGAAGCCCAAAGACUGCAGGCCGAAAGAACAUCAUACCGCAACAACAUGGAAGAGGAGUCACAGACGAACACCACCGACCUUGAAAGCCAAUUAGCACGCGCCGAAUUUGAUCUUGCCCGUAUUCGCAACGCGAGAGAUGAAUUAUCAGCCGAACUUUCUGUCCGUAAGGGAUCGCAGGAACAGAGCCAGGUGGCAUCGGAAUCAAUCAAGGAGCUGGCAGCUGCCCGAGAGACCCGUAUUGCUGCACUGGAGUCAGAAGUCGAACGUCUCAAGCUACAGAUCGGAGAGAGCACUGCGGCUUCGACUGAUGAGGCUCUGGAAGGCAUGUCCAUCGAAGAACUGAGAUCAAAACUCAAGACACUGGAGAAUCAAUACCUACUGCUUAACAACGAACUCCCCUCUAUGGAAGCCGCAUGGAAGAAGACUAAGAGCCUGGCAGAGAGAAAGAUAUCCGAGAUUUCAGAAUGGGAAGAACAGCGCACACGCAUCAACGCUGAAAAGGCGAAAGCUGAUCAAAAGUACUUUGCUGCAAUGAAGGCAAAGGAGGCCCGCGAGAACGAACUACGAACCCUCAAGGCGCAGAACGCAAAGAGUUCCGAGAUCGUGACUCAGCUAAAGGACGCCGAGAACAACAGCAGAUCUCUUAUUAUGAAUUUGGAGAAGCAGGUUUCCGAGUCCAAGGAUUCAUUGACCUCUAUUUCUCAGCAGAAUCGAACAAUGCAACAAAAGCUCAANNUUACCGACAUGAAGAAGUUGGUUACUUCGAAAGACGCUGCAUCUUCAGCAGCAGCAUCAGCGAAACGACAGGCCGAAGUCGAGCUGGAAGAAGUCAAGGUGCGCUUGGAGGACACCAAGAAAUCUCUUGACAACAUGAAGAAGAAGGGAUCCGNGACGGGAAACCUCAUCGCCAACCGAUCAAGGAAAUGCCCAUCUUGCGGCAAAGCAUUUGGCCAUGCAGAUCACAUGCCUAUUGUCCUGGCA